AUGGUAAGAAUAACUGUAGAAAUGGUUCGAAACAAAGCGGAACAUCAUGAUCGAUUAUUAGCUCCAUUGGAAGAAAUUGCUUUACAUCAGGAAAACAUUGAAAAGAUUGAAUUCAUUCAAGAUUGGUGCCCGAAGUUGAAAAUUCUUUUAAUGCAAAGUAAUUUAAUAGCAAAAAUUGAAAAUUUGAAUAAAUUAAAAAAUCUUACGUACCUUAAUUUAGCAUUAAACAACAUUGAGGUGAUUGAAAAUUUGGAAAGAUGUGAAUCCUUGGAGAAAUUAGAUUUAACACUUAAUUUUAUUGGGGAUAUCGUAAGCGUCGAAUCAUUAGUUGGUAACUAUAAUUUGGCAAACUUAUAUUUAACAGGAAAUCCGUGCACGGAUUACGAUAAUUAUCGAGAUUUCAUUAUCGGAACUCUUCCACAAUUGUCAACGCUUGAUGGAAAAGAUAUUGAAAGAUCUGAUCGUAUUAAAGGUUUACAAAACCUCCCUGUUAUAAGAUCAGAUAUUCUAUUUGAACAAAACAUUUAUAAACAACAAAGAAAAGCACAAAAAUCGCGUUUAGAAAACGAUAUACAAGACAAAUGGGAAAAUGAAUACAAGAAUAUGGAUCCAGAGGAAAGAAAUAAAAGAUUUUGGGCUUCUAAAACUGAACAUGCACCGGAAGUGAGGUAUGAAAUUGAACGCAUGCGACAAUUAAAACAAAAAAGUGAUGAAUCUGAAACCAAAACGGAUGAAAAAAAAGAAACCAGAUUAUUUACUUCAGAUGGCAGACCGUUCAACAUUAAUCAACCAAAAAUCGACUUUAAAUUUAGCGAUGACGAUUUAAACUCGUACAUUUUAGAUCUAGCUGUUUAUAAGCACUUGGAUACAAAUUUACUCGAUAUUGAUAUUCAAACAAAUUAUAUAAGAGUUACAAUAAAAAAUAAAAUAUUUCAACUGCACCUGCCUGAGGAGGUGGAUAUAACAAACUCAACUGCUCAAAGGUCACAAAUUACUGGACAUUUGGUCGUCACCAUGCCAAAAGCAAAUUUUGUAAUAAAAAAGCCUUUAGCACCCAAAACAUCUCCCACUCCAUCACCAAUGAGUGAAACUAGAGUGAGAAACUGUAGUUUGGAAAUAAAAUCAACGAGAGAAUUUCUAGAAAUAGGACCUUCUGAUAAUGUGCUCGAUUUAACAAAAAUGACGUCAACAAAAUCACCAUCGUAUAUUGAUCCAAGAAUGCCAUUGGUCGAGAAAAAACCAUCCUCUAGCUUUAUUGACAACCAUGAAGUGCCUGAUCUUAUUUAG